AGCCACGCCGCCGUCGGGGCCACCGAGCUCCGGUAUCGUCCAACGCCGCCAUGCACUGCGCCGGCCGCUGACAGACCUCCGGGCCCGCCAGGCGGAAUGGAGAGUCGCAGUGUUCCUCCCGGGCCUUAUCGGGCCACCAAACUGUGGAAUGAAAUUACCACAUCUUUUCGAGCAGGAAUGCCUCUACGAAAACACAGGCAGCACUUUAAAAAAUAUGGCAAUUGUUUUACAGCAGAAGCAGCAGUGGAUUGGCUUUAUGACCUAUUAAGAAAUAACAACAAUUUUGGUCCUGAAGUUACAAGGCAACAGACUCUCCAACUGCUGAGAAAAUUUCUUAAGAAUCAUGUAAUUGAAGAUAUCAAAGGCAGAUGGGGAUCAGAAAAUCUUGAUGACAACAGUCAGCUAUUCAGAUUUCCUGCAAAUUCUCCGCUUAAAAGUCUUCCACGAAAGCAUCCAGAAUUGAGAAAAAACAGCAUAGAAAACUUUUCCAAAGAUAAAGAUAGCAUUUUUAAAUUACGAAAUUUAUCUCGUAGAACGCCUAAAAAACUUGGAUUACAUUUCUCUCAGGAAAAUGUAGAGGAAAUGAACCAUGAAAUAAUCAAUGGAGAUCAAGAAAACUCAGUUUAUAAUAGAGAAAUAAGCCAGGAAGAGGUUGAAGAAGUUUGGAGACAUAUUACUCUGAUCUACCUACAAACUAUUUUAGGUGUGCCAUCCCUAGAAGAACUCAUAAAUCCAAAGCAAGUAGUUCCUCAAUAUGUAAUGUACAACAUGACCAAUACAAGUAAACAUGGAAUAGUUAUACUACAAGACAAAUCAGAUGACCUUCCUCAUUGGGUCUUAUCUGCCAUGAAGUGCCUAGCAAACUGGCCAAGAAGUAAUGAUAUGAAUAAUCCAACUUAUGUUGGAUUUGAACGAGAUGUAUUCAGAACAAUAGCAGAUUAUUUUCUAGAGCUCCCUGAACCUCUGAUUACAUUUGAAUAUUAUGAAUUAUUUGUAAGCAUUUUGGUUGUCUGUGGCUACGUCACAGUUUCAGAUAGACCCAGUGGGAUACAUAAAAUCCAAGAUGAUCCACAGUCUUCAAAAAUCCUUCGCUUAAACAAUUUGAAUUCCUUCAAAUCAACUGAGUGUCUUCUUCUCAGUCUGCUUCAUAAAGACAAAAACAAAGAAGAAUCAGAUACUACUAAGCGACUGCAGAUAAGUGAUCAAGGAUUUCAAGAAAAAUGUGCUAAGAAAAUGCAGCUAGUUAAUUUUAAAAACAGAAGAGCCAGUGCUAAUGACAUAAUGGGAGGAAGUUGUCAUAAUUUAAUAGGCUUAAGUAAUAUGCAUGUUCUAUCCUCUAACGUCAAACCAAGGUGUUAUUCUUUAGAAGGAAUUAUAGACCUACCAGGGAGUGCAAGUAAAGAGGUCUUCAAUGCCUUCCAUCAAUCUGUUCUGAAUAUAGAAGGACAAAAUAAUAAGCAGUUUUUAGAGUCUAAGAGCAAACAGGAAUCCCUAAUGAAUCUUCAUUCAGAGGAGAGUAAUCAAAAGCCACUCUGUGUUGGUUUUAAGAGAACCUCUACUUUGACUGUUCAAGACCAAGAGGAGUUAUGUAAUGGGAAAUGCAAGUCAAAACAGCUUUGUAGAUCUCAGAGUUUACUUUUAAGAACUAGUAGAAGAAGGAAUAGUUAUAUCAAUAUGCCAGUGGCUGAAAUUAUCAUGAAACCAAAUCUCGGACAAGGCAGCACAAGUGUACAAACAGCUAUGGAAAGUGAACCCGGGGAGUCUAGUACAACAAUCAAUAAAAGACUCUGCAAAAGUACGAUAGAACUUUCAGGAAAUUCUUUACCUCCAGCUUCUUCUGUGUUGACUGGCACACAAAGUUUCCUGCAACCUCAUUUAGAGAGGGUUGCCAUCGAUGCACUACAGUUAUGUUGUUUGUUACUUCCCCCACCAAAUCGUAGAAAGCUUCAACUUUUAAUGCGCAUGAUUUCCCGAAUGAGUCAAAAUGUUGAUAUGCCCCAACUUCAUGAUGCAAUGGGUACAAGAUCACUGAUGAUACACACUUUUUCUCGGUGUGUGCUAUGCUGUGCUGAAGAAGUGGAUCUUGAUGAGCUUCUUGCUGCAAGAUUAGUUUCUUUCUUAAUGGAUCAUCACCAGGAAAUUCUUCAAGUACCCUCUUACUUACAGACUGCAGUGGAUAAACAUCUUGACUACUUAAAAAAGGGCUAUAUUAAAAAUCCUGGAGAUGGACUGAUUGUUCCUUUGCCAACGUACUCAUAUUGUAAGCAGAUUAGUGCUCAGGAGUUUGAUGAACAAAAAGUGUCUACCUCACAAGCUGCAAUUACAGAACUUUUAGAGAAUAUUAUUAAAAAUAAGAGUUUGCCUCUAAAAGAGAAAAGGAAAAAACUAAAACAGUUUCAGAAGGAAUAUCCCUUGAUAUAUCAGAAAAGAUUUCCAUCCACGGAGAGUGAAGCAGUCCUUUUUGGUGACAAACCUACAAUCAAACAACCAAUGCUAAUUUUAAAAAAAACAAAGUUUCGUAGUCUAAGAUACUAACUGAAUUAAAAAUUACAAUGUAAUAUCUGUGGAACUUUGGUAAAUGAAGCCAUAUCUAAGAAUCUAGCUUCUAAAAUAGAAGUCUAUUUAUUAAUGAGAUUUUUCUAAGAAAAAUAUGUAAAGAGGUACCAAAGUAAUUUUUUAUCAGUGUAAGACUGCUAAGAAGCUAAUAGGUAUCAACUGAGAACAAAUAACAAAGGUGGUACCAGAUACUUUAACAAAUUUUUUUUUUAAUACAGCACCUGUAAAAGCUAUUAUGUGUGCUAAAACUUUACUUACUUGAAUUUUAAAAAAUGACAUGUCAAGAUUAAGCUGUAAUUCUGUUUUUUAAAAAAAUUAUCUGUACAUGUACUUAUGAAUAUUAGCUAAAGUACUAGUUGUUUAGGGGUAUUCUUUUUUCUAAGUAAAAGAAUGUGAAGAAUAUUGGAAAACUCAGUGAAUUCUCUAUGCUAAAUGUUGCACUCUUUUGUGUAUUCUUUUUCUACUUUUGAUCUAUUUAUAUAUAUGUAUGUUUUUAAAAUAUGUACAUGUAAGUCUUCACUUUGCUUUAAACCCUUAUCAAAACUGCUUCAAUCAUUCAAUUUUUCAAUAAAUAUCUUUUGCAUUCUUACGUUCAUGUAUCUACUAGAAGAUAAUGGUGUAAAAGAAGUAUAAGGCAAUCGUAUUCAUUCAAAAAAUUUAUUUAGCAACUACUAUGUGCCUUUUAUUAUUCCAAAUAGGGAGAGAAAAUGAUGAAUAAAAUAGAAAAUUUCUUCUUUAUGUAUUUUCUAACUAAGGGAGAUAUACCUUCCAGAUACUUAAAUAACAGUAUAUACCCUGCAAUCAAGUCAUGGAAUGUCCUUCAGCUGAAGACUGGCCUCUUUAGUUAUGAAACAGUUCUCUAAGCUAGUGUUUUCAAACUGUUACAUAUUAGAAUUACCUAGAAAGUUUUAAAACAAUAAUGCUCAGGCUCUACCUUUUAUCAGUAGGCAUCAGUAUUUUUCAAACUCGAGGCGAUUCCAGUAUUCAGCCAACUUUAAGAAUCAGUCCCUAAACACUUUUUAUAAGCAUUUAAGCAAAUGCCAAGCUUGGCUUUAUUGUUUCAUUGGAUGAAAAUGCAAAUGAUAAACGCUUCUCAUCUUAAUACAAGGUUAUUCAUAUUUCUGCUUUAUUAAAUACAAACUUGAAGCAGUUUUUCUUCCAUAUUUUACUCCAAGCUUAUUUAAUACCCAUUCUUAUGUGUAAAGAUACAUAAUGUCUGAGACAUAAUAGACACUUACUAUUCAAUAACUUGAUUUCUCAAUGUAAUGUGCUAUAAAAUGACAAUGUUUCAUUUGAAAUUACUACUUUUUAUUAAAAUUCUGGACACAU